AUGGCAACAGCUAAAGAUUGCAAAAAAUGCGGACCGGGCUACAGAAGCCCAAAAGAAGCUAUGGCAGGACCGAGGGAAAAAAUAAUGUAUGUAGUUUGUAUCAGCACUGAUGAUAAUAAACCUGAUGUUUUGUCAACAGUUGACGUAGAUCCGACGAGUCCUACUUACUGUCAGAUAAUACACAAGCUGAGAAUGCCGUAUGUGGGUGAUGAACUCCAUCAUGCUGGUUGGAACAUAUGUAGCAGCUGUCCUGACUCAAAAUUAAAGCGAGACACAUUUGUUUUGCCGUGUCUGAUGUCUGAUCGAGUUUAUUUCAUUGAUACGAGCAACGCUCGUGCACCUGCAAUAAAGAAGGUUCUUGAGCCUGAGGAGAUGCACAAACACGGCCUGGCGACUCCGCACACCGCUCACUGCUCUCCGACGGGAGAAAUAAUCAUAUCAACAAUGGGGAAGCCCAACGGCGACGGCCUCGGCGAUUUUUUGUGUGUAGACAGCGAGACUCUCCAAGUCAAAGGUCCUUGGACUUUGAGCGACAGGAAGGCCAAGUUUGGGUACGACUUUUGGUACCAGCCAAGCCAUGAUGUUCUUAUCUCUACUGAAUGGGGAGUCCCGAGGAUUUUUAAAAAGGGAUUCGGGCCUGGACAGAGCUCUAAUCCGGAUAUUUAUGGAAGAAAUUUAAAUUUUUAUUCUUGGACAAAACACAGCCUCGAGCAAGUUAUUGAUCUAGGUGAAGAAGGAAUCGCACCGCUAGAAGUAAGAUUUCUUCAUGAUCCGCUAGCAAGUGAAGGGUUUGUUGGGUGUGCUGUCUCUUCAAAUAUAUUUAGGUUUUAUAAAACCGAUGAUGGUAAAUGGGCUGCUGAUAAAGUUAUUGAUGUUCCGGAAAAAAAAGUCCAGGGAUGGAUGGGUCCAACAAUAUCUGGUUAGAAGAAUUCAAAUUUCAUUAAUUAAUUAAUUAAUUAAUUCUAAUAAUUAAUUUUUUAAAAUUUCUACAUAUCAAUUUUUUUUGCCAUAAUUUAUGUGUUAAAAAAAUUAUUAAAAUUAUCAAAUAUGUAUGUACUAAAUUAAUUUUGAUAUUCUUUUUUUAAAUUAUACUUUGUAAUAUAUUUUUUAGGAAUGAUUACCGACAUUCUGCUGAGCCUAGACGACAAAUAUUUGUACUUUAAUAACUGGUUACACGGUGACGUAAGGCAGUACGAUAUUUCAGACCGGAAAAAUCCUCGAUUAGUUGGUCAAGUAUUCUUAGGCGGCUCGAUACUGUCUGACUCAAAGAUCCGAGUUAUCGAAGACCGAGAGCUGUCGAGUCAACCUGAUCCAGUUGUUGUAAAAGGACGCAGACUCUACGGCUCUCCUCAAAUGCUUCAGCUGAGUCUCGAUGGUCGGAGGCUCUACGUGACUACUUCUAUUUUCAAGCCUUGGGAUAAGCAAUUUUAUCCUGACCAUGUCAAAAAUGGGUCAACUAUGGUGAAGCUUGACGUCGACGUUGAGAAUGGUGGACUUAAGCUAGACCCUGAUUUUUUGGUGGAUUUUGGAGAAGAAAAAGAUGAUAUUCUUCUUGCUCAUGAAAUGAGAUAUCCAGGUGGAGAUUGUACUUCAGAUAUCUGGCUUGCAGACUCCUAA